AUUCUGGGAUAGCUAUACACGGUCCUAACAGGCCGUGGGGUGGAAGAGAAGGUAGGGUCAGACCUGUUUGCAGUGUUGUCGGUCCCAGGAUAUUGGAGAUUCAAGAGGGAUGAGGUCAUAUCUUUUAAGGGACCAGCUGCCUGGUCGCGAGCUGUGGGCAUUCAUCCUCUGGGCUGGGCUGUUGCUCGCCACGCAACUUGCUCUAGGAACUGUGGAGGAAGCCUGCAACUGCAGUACCGCCGUGGCCUUCUCGGAUUUUCAGGCAGCUCCAGCCCUCCAGACAUGCUGUUUGAACUUCACCGGGGCUGAAAUUGGCUCCCUAGACUGGAGCCUCUUCGGUGGAGUAACAGGCCUGAGAGAGCUAUACCUCUCGCACUGCGGCGUGGUGGACAUUAUCAAUGCGCCCGGUGCGCCCGGCAGGCUGGAGAUCUUGCACUUGGAUCACAAUCAGUUGGAAAAGCUUCCAGAAAGUUUCCUAGAAGACGCCCCGCGAUUGAGGGUCCUUCGUUUGGACAGCAACAAGCUUCGCAAGCUGCCCAAAUCCUUCCUGAGAGCUUCCACCCAAAUCCAAGAGAUUCACCUUGGCUUCAAUGACUUGGCCUCCCUUCCCGCCAGUGUCUUUAAGCCCUCUCUCACCAGGCUCGGCCUCGCCAACAAUAGCUGGGAUUGCACCUGCACCUUGCUUGGUGACCUGGAGAAGUAUCCCCCAGAGCCACCCAGUGGGGACAUGCAGGGCCCUGUCGUGGUGUGCAGCACCCCAGAGCGUUACCGCAGCAUGGACAUCCGAGACAUCCGUAAGCAGGAGCUCUGCCGGGCACACAGCUUGACCGCCCUGUUCAUCUGCUUGCCCCUGGUGGUCGUUUUAGCCCUGGUCGCCUGGUGCUUUUGCAGGCAGAAGAGAAAGACGGGCUACGCCCUCAGCCGCAGGCCGGAGUGCCACCUGGCCACAGUGGAGAGGAACGGUGCCAAGGGGUUGGCAGAGCCUCACCGCUACAUCCAGUGUGAGCUGCCCACUGCCCCCGCCGAGAGCGAGAAGAACACGCUGCUGAGGAACCAGGUCCUGCUGAAGCCCUCCACCGCCCUGCUGGGGAGCAACAGGGACCUCUACGAAGAGGUGGAAAUCAAGCUGGGGGCCUUGGACGAUUCCUUUGUGCUGGUCAACGAAGGGAGCCUCAGCCUGGAGACGGGCCCCGCGGGGGCACCGGCGGCAGAGGAGCUGGCGGGCAGCGACCCGGAAGCGGAGACAGUGAGCGUGACGGACGUGCUGAAGGACUCGGUGGACCGAGAGAAGCUCUACAUGGGCCAGGCGGUGGAUUAUUACAACCUGGUGCCUGCCAUUGAGUUGGAGGACUCCGACCAGCAGGAGUACGAGACCAUUGACCUGCACUGAGGCUUGGCCCGUGAGGGGUGUCCCGGGAACCUGGGGCCGUACCCUGCCCUUGCUGACACCCAGCGCGCUCCCGGGGGUGGGAGAGGGUGGGAGCUAGCACGGGAUGCGGCUGGAGGGCAGUGAAUUGAGCUUGUCACUCAAACGACCGUUGUCAUGUCGAUCCAUUGGACUGGAGCGAGAGCGUAUAAAUGUCUGGAAAUGA